AUGAAUUCUCCUCCUAGAUCCUUUUCUUCAGCUGCCUUGAAAUUGUAUGAAGAUGCGAGGAAAGAUGGUAUCUCUGUCACUGAACGCAUAUCUCUCGAAAAAGAAGGAUGUAAAGCAAUGCUCGAAAAUCACUUCUCAGAUGGUUAUCAAAUUGAGCUCAACAUGGUCCAACGACGGCCUAUCACCAUUGGUCAUGACAACGGCGAAGUUGUCCCCUCCGACUAUACGUCACUGAAUUGUAUGAGGCGUAAAAGACAAGCGAGCUCGAAUGAACCCAAUAUACCGGUACACUGUUUGCAUCAAUAUUCUCAUCCGUACAAGGAAGGGGCUUUCGAUUUGGGAUCUCGUGCUCCAUUUGAGAAAUGA